AUGGCGUUCGAUACGAGCAAUGUCGACGCAUCCGAUCCGAAACAGACACAAUCAGCCGCGACCUUCCACUACUUCUGCAAGCUCCCUCCCGAACUACGUAUCAAUAUUUGGAAUGCCGCCCCGCCCAAUUCUCGUACAAUCGAGAUCACCGGCGACGUUCUCGAAACGCUUUCCGAUACCGCGCGACUUGUCAACCUACCUAAACCCCCGGCCAUCCGCGGCGUCUGCCACGAAGCAUGGGAGAUCACUCAGAAAAACUGGGUGUAUUCUCUUGGACUGCUAUACGAAGAGUUUGGAGAAAACUUCCCGGGAUUUUGGUUCGACCCGGAUACGGACAUCAUCUUGGAUUGGAAAUGGUGGAACCGAGAAUUCGAAAACCGGCAGUUCUUCGAACGUGUUCGAAAUCUCGCCAUCUGUUCGCAAGACGUGUGUCUAGAAGAAAACAUUGAUCACUCUCUUGAUUUGAUUCGGAGCGUAUUGCCAAACAUUCACCGCCUCGUCAUCCUGGACUUUGACGAUGUUCGUCUCGACGGCGAAGAGGGUCUCAUUCCGGAGCUUUGUCUGAUAGACGACGACGAAUACAUCAUCACCUCCCGCGAUUACGGGGAGACUUGGCUUGAUUUGGACUACUUUUCUCGGGAUUAUGAUGUCGAGUGGUGGAUGUUACAGGAAUAUUUGGAAAAUCGGCUGAAGGAAAUCGCUGGAUCUGACGAGCAACGGUCUCUCACAAUCGAAGGGGCGGAGCUCAUUUUCCAUCGAAUCCGCGACGUUAAAGACCAAAAUUAA